UCAUUUACAUAUGUCAGCUGAGCUCGAAGUAAUCACUGAAUAGACGCAGUUCAGUCAAUCAAUUUUAUUAAAUUUAAUAAAGUAAUUGAAAAAUUGGAUAUCGUUUGCAACUGGGAGUUGGUACUAUAUUAUUUCUUUAGUAUAGUUUCUGAGUACAACAUGGGUUUCUUGCGAUUUGGAUUAAAGAGUUGUGUUCAAUACAGGCAGUUGCAUUUACUUAGAAAUCAAGCAUAUAUCAAUGGACAGUGGGUAAAAGCUGGAAGUAAUGUUGUAUUUCCCGUACAAAACCCAGCUGACGAUUGUGUUAUAGCGGAAGUCCCUGAUAUGGAUGCCAGUGACGCAAAAAAUGCUAUUCAGGCUGCGGCAAAUACUUUUGAAACCUGGAAGAAUACGACGGCGAAGGAGCGUUCUCAUAUAUUAAGAAGGUGGUUUAAUUUGUGUGAAAAGAAUACUGACGAACUGGCAAAAAUAAUAACAGCUGAAUCAGGUAAACCGUUAAAUGAGGCCAGAGGUGAAGUAGCUUAUGGUAAUUCAUUCCUAGAAUGGUUUGCUGAUACAGCCAGACAUAUUAAUGGAGAGAUUAUUCCUAGUCCAUGGCCUAAUAAGCAGAUUUUGCUUACCAGACAGCCACUUGGAGUUGUGUCAGUGAUUACUCCAUGGAAUUUUCCAUUUGCAAUGAUAACACGCAAGGUCGGUGCUCUAAUGGCGGCUGGGUGUACUUGUGUCAUUAAACCAUCAGAAGACACUCCUCUUUCAGCUCUUGCCGCUGCAGAGUUGGCGGAACAAGCUGGAGUACCUACAGGAAUUAUUAAUGUUAUUACAACAAGCCGAAAAAAUGCACCUUCAGUUGGUAAAGUCAUGUGUGAAGAUCAUUCUGUUCGAUGUAUAUCAUUUACAGGUUCCACUCAAGUUGGAAAGACUUUAUAUGGACUUGCUGCAAACGGUGUUAAAAGAGUUGCAUUAGAGUUGGGGGGCAAUGCCCCUUUUAUAGUAUUUCCGAGUGCAGAUAUUGAGCAUGCAUUAGAUCAAGCAAUGUUAGCAAAGUUCAGAAAUAAUGGGCAGGCAUGCAUUGGAGCUAAUAGAUUUUUGAUACAUGAAGAUAUUUAUGAUAAGUUUGUCAAAGGAUUUAAAAGCCGAAUUGCCCAGAAAUGUAUACUGGGUCCUGGCACCAAGGAGGGUGUCACAUGUGGGCCACUAAUUAAUACUCAGCAAGCAAAUAAAGUGUCUGGCUUGGUUGAAGAUGCAAUAUCCAAAGGUGCAAAGGCAUUGGUGGGUGGUAAAUUUGCUGCAGAACUUGGAAGCAAAUAUUAUGAAUCAACAUUGCUAAUUAAUGUGAAGCAGAGCAUGUCAAUAUUUACAGAAGAAAUAUUUGGUCCUGUAGCUACUUGUUUAAAGAUUAGUAGUGAAGAUGAAGCCCUCAAAAUUGCAAACAGUACAAGAAGUGGCCUUGCUGCUUAUGUUUUUACUAAAGAUUUGGGUCAAGCAUUUAGAAUGUCUAACAAAUUGGAAUUUGGAAUGGUUGCCAUAAAUGAUGGAAUUAUAUCUGCAGCUGAGCCAGCAUUUGGUGGAAUUAAAGAGUCUGGUAUUGGCAGAGAAGGCAGUAGACAUGGUGCCGAGGAGUACACUGACUUAAAAUACACUCUCAUGUCUUGUUUGGAUAAAUAAAUAGUUGCUAUUCCUCCUCCAUUAUUGUUAUAUGAAGAUAUACUGUUGUAUUUUAUUUAUUGCCAUAUUAUUUGUAAGAUAUGUUACUGUUGUUUUUUAUAAUGUGUUUAUUAAUAUUAUUAUGGAAAUAAUUAAAUCGCAUUUAAUCUUGUCUUAAUUUUUAUGAAAAAAUAUUUAUGUACAAAAUAUACAUAUCAUUUAUUUUACAUAAUUUUAUGGAAUGUGUUUGCUGUAUUCUUAUUCUACCAAAGAUUUUGUAAGUUUAAAACCUAUGUUGUACCUAUAUUAGAGGUUGAAAUGUAACUGACAAUUUGAAAUUAAACAUUCAUGUACUAUAUGUAUUACACAUAUUUAAACUCGAAAUAUUAGAAUAUUUCUCUCUUUGCCAAAUGAGAAGGUAAGAUUACUAUGUUCAAUUCAUUCCAGUCUUCCAAUGUAUUGUGAUUUAGUUGUAAAAGAAAUUAAAAUAAAGUGUUUUUAGAAUCUCUAUGUUUUCUUUAUAAUAAUGUAGAACUUUUAGAAUAUUUAAUUUAAUUUAUUAUUUAACCUAUCCUAUCAUGAGAUUAUACAUUCUAUUCGUUUUAUGUAAUAAUAAAU